UCACUUUUUCACAUUUUUGAAUUUCCCGCCGUUCCAUCACCAUACGUCCCGACGUCACAGGGAACAGAAGCCAGAAGACAGAUGCCGGCAUCCGCCGGAGGACAUUGCCGGGGACACUGCAGGAGGGACAUUGCGGGAGUGAAGGACAAAGUAAGUGAAGAAGAGAUCCCGGAGCAAUGGUGCAGGGUAUUCCCGAGUGUAGCUCGGGGUUACCGCUUGUGGUACUGAAACUUUACCCCGAGCUACACAAUCGGGAAUACCGCCAGGGAGGUUAAUGUCCCCCAUCCAUCCAUGUUUCCA